GCGCGGAGCUGGGAGUUGAGGCGGCGUCGGGCGAGGACGCCCGAAGCCAGCUCCUGCGGCCCGAACCCCGACUCGUAGCGGCCGAGCCCGAGGGGCUUCUGGGGUCCGGUGCCCCGGCCGCGUCGUACGCUGUGACGGGGACCGCGGCCAGUCUGCCCGGUAGACCCUCCUGAACGCGACCCCCGUCGUUUUGACUCAAAUGGGUGAUGAAAAGGACUCUUGGAAAGUGAAAACUUUAGAUGAAAUUCUUCAGGAAAAGAAACGACGGAAGGAACAGGAGGAGAAAGCAGAGAUAAAACGCUUAAAAAAUUCUGAUGACCGGGAUUCCAAGCGGGAUUCCCUUGAGGAGGGGGAGCUGAGGGACCACCGCAUGGAGAUAACAAUCAGGAACUCGCCGUACAGAAGAGAGGACUCCAUGGAAGACAGAGGAGAGGAAGAUGACUCUUUGGCUAUCAAACCACCCCAGCAAAUGUCUCGGAAAGAAAAGGCUCACCACAGGAAGGAUGAAAAGAGGAAAGAGAAACGUAGGCAUCGUAGCCAUUCAGCAGAAGGGGGGAAGCACGCUAGGGCGAAGGAGAAGGAGAGAGAGCACGAGCGCCGGAAGCGACACCGGGAGGAGCAGGACAAGGCCCGGCGCGAGUGGGAGCGGCAGAAGCGGCGGGAGCUGGCGCGGGAGCACUCCCGGCGGGAGAGGGACCGCCUCGAGCAGCUGGAGAGGAAGCGGGAACGAGAACGCAAGUUGCGUGAGCAGCAGAAGGAACAGCGGGAACAGAAGGAGCGGGAGCGGCGCGCUGAGGAGCGGCGCAAGGAGCGCGAGGCCCGAAGGGAAGUGUCUGCACAUCACCGGACCAUGAGGGAAGACUAUGGCGACAAAGUGAAAGCAAGCCACUGGAGUCGCAGCCCGCUGCGGCCUCCGCGAGAGCGGUUUGAGCUGACAGAUGGCCGGAAGCCAGCGAAAGAAGAGAAAGUGGAAGAGAGAGACCUGCUGUCCGACCUGCAAGACGUCAGUGACAGCGAACGCAAGACCAGCUCGGCCGAGUCCUCGUCAGCGGAAUCAGGGUCGGGUUCGGAGGAGGAGGAAGAGGAGGAGGAGGAAGAGGAGGAGGAGGAGGAGGAGGGCAGCAGCAGCGAGGAGUCGGAGGAGGAGGAGGAGGAGGAGGAGGAGGAGGAGACCGGCAGCAACUCGGAGGACGCGUCUGGACAGUCGGCCGAGGAAGUGAGCGAAGACGAGAUGAGUGAGGAUGGGGAGCGAGAGAACGAGAACCACGUCCUCGUUGUUCCAGAGUCCCGAUUUGACCGAGACUCCGGGGACAGUGAGGACGGGGAGGAAGAAGCCGGCGAGGGCACUCCACAGAGCAGCGCCCUGACGGAAGGGGACUUUGUGCCCGACUCUCCCGCCUUGUCACCCAUUGAACUCAAACAGGAGCUGCCCAAGUACCUCCCUGCCUUGCAGGGCUGUCGGAGUGUGGAGGAGUUCCAGUGUCUGAACAGGAUCGAAGAAGGCACGUACGGGGUGGUGUACCGAGCAAAGGACAAGAAAACAGAUGAAAUUGUGGCUCUGAAGCGGCUCAAGAUGGAGAAGGAGAAGGAGGGCUUUCCAAUCACGUCCCUGAGGGAGAUCAACACCAUCCUCAAGGCACAGCACCCCAACAUUGUCACCGUCAGGGAGAUCGUCGUGGGGAGCAACAUGGACAAGAUCUACAUCGUGAUGAACUACGUGGAGCACGAUCUCAAGAGCCUGAUGGAGACCAUGAAGCAGCCCUUCUUGCCAGGGGAGGUGAAGACACUGAUGAUCCAGUUGCUGCGCGGCGUCAAGCAUCUGCACGACAACUGGAUCUUGCACCGAGACCUUAAGACGUCCAACCUGCUGCUGAGCCACGCCGGCAUCCUCAAGGUGGGGGACUUCGGGCUGGCGAGGGAGUACGGGUCUCCUCUGAAGGCCUACACCCCGGUCGUCGUGACCCUGUGGUACCGCGCCCCAGAGUUGCUGCUCGGCGCCAAGGAGUACUCCACGGCUGUGGACAUGUGGUCGGUGGGCUGCAUCUUCGGGGAGCUGCUGACCCAGAAGCCGCUGUUCCCGGGGAAGUCGGAGAUUGACCAGAUCAACAAAGUGUUCAAGGACCUGGGGACCCCCAGUGAGAAAAUCUGGCCUGGCUACAAUGACCUCCCUGCGGUCAAGAAGAUGACCUUCACCGAGUACCCCUAUAACAAUCUCCGUAAACGCUUCGGGGCCCUGCUCUCAGACCAGGGCUUUGACCUCAUGAACAAGUUCCUGACCUACUUCCCUGGGCGGAGGGUCAGCGCGGAGGACGGUCUCAAGCACGAGUAUUUCCGAGAGACCCCUCUCCCCAUUGACCCCUCGAUGUUCCCCACGUGGCCCGCCAAGAGUGAGCAGCAGCGGGUGAAGCGCGGCACGAGCCCACGGCCCCCCGAAGGCGGCCUGGGCUACAGCCAGCUGGGCGACGAUGACCUGAAGGAGACGGGCUUCCAUCUCACCACCACAAACCAGGGGGCCUCGGCCGCGGGGCCCGGCUUCAGCCUCAAGUUCUGAAGUUCGGCGCGGGGCGCACGUCAGCCCUGCGGGUACCGACCAGCAAGGCUCAGUCGGGCCCAGGGCAGGUGCCAGAGGCAGCUUGUGGGUCCAGACCGAGGCCCGGCCCUGACUGGACGCAGCUGCAGGAGGCCAGUGUGGCUGCACAUCUUGACCUCACGUCUCAGACUGCCUGUCUUGUUUGCUUUUCCAACAUUUCAUUUUUAUCUUGGCUUGUAAAUUUGUAGAAUUAAAUCACAUUUUCCUUGUUGUGGGAGGAAA